GUACUGCUUCCAGAACUCUAAAGAACACAGCGAUUUCUAGAAUUUACAUCAGCUUUUGUGAAUCAUUCCAAACGAUAUAUACCCACACCAUAUUCCAUAGUAACUAGUGGCACAAUAACUACAAGUUUGACUGAUUCAUUAACCUCAAAUAAGUUGUUAUCAUCUAAAACAUGGCUUCGAAUAAUCCUGGCGGUAACAAUCCUAUUGCUGGAGCCCUAACGUUUCCCAGCAGGAGUGAGGAUGUUCAUCGUAUGGCGGAGCAACCUCGGCAGCCACGGAAUUUACAGGGUCUCCUCAGGUUUGCUAUGGAAGCAACAAAGGCUGAAGAUGCCCCAGGCAAUUCGGAGUUGGGUCCUAUGGAUGAAGAGCGCAAGCGUUUCUUAGAAGAAGUCCUCAAAAGCCUCACGGUGGACGUGGCGAAGGUGCUACAAGAUGCCAUAGCUGUACUGUCAGACUCAGACAAGAUCCACAGUGUUCAGAUGGGGCAGCCGCUGCCCGAUGAGAUCAGCCAGGCCUUCACUAGCGUCAUGGACUUCAUUGAUGAUAUUGACACUGCUAAUGAUUUCUACAAACUAGGCGGUUUCUCCGUCUUCCCCGUCUGCUACGGCAGCGAGAACGAGGAAAUCCGCGCCCGAGCCAGCGGCAUACUGGCAGAGCUGUGCCAGAACAACCCAUUCUGCCAGUCCCGGGCGCUGGAAAGCGGGCUGCUCAAUGUGUUACUGGCUUUAGCGAGGACAGAGCGCGGUGAAGCGCUGGCGAAGUGUGUGGCUGCUAUCUCUUGUGCAUGUCGGGAAUACCCACCCUCUUGCCGAGAGCUGCUUUCCCAAGGUGGCUGCGACACUAUAACCACCGUGUGCGGGGCCACGGACGUGCGAGCCAGAACUAAAGCCACCCUGCUGGCCCGGCACCUGUGCGACCACUACCCAGAGGCCAGAGAAAAAUUCGUCCAGCUAAACCUGGUGAAGACACUAGCAGAACAACUGUCAGCGGGCAGGGAUGCGUCAUCAGAACAUCUCCUGAACACAUUACUCACUCUUCUGGCUGACUUGGAUGAGAGGGUUCUAGCUCAGUGCAGGGACCCUGGCUUAGGGCUUAAAGGCAUCCUAGAAAGGCACCUGAAACACCCCGACCUGAAAGACGACACGUUCAGAGAAGAGGUGGACUAUUGCCAAGAGAUCCUCUGCAAGGUGUUCCUGAACAGACCAGACGUGGUGACAGCCAACGAGGAAGCUGACAGAUAGGGGAUAGACAUCACCGGC